UAUAAAUCAUCCGUUUUUGCAUCCAACUCUGGUCGUCAUUUUAGUCCAAAUUAAAGCUAUGGUAUAUAAGUUAUCCAAAUUGAUUCCCUUCUCGUUCCCAUGUCAAAUGCUCCUCAUUUCUACUCACAAGAGAACCAAAAGAGUAUACAAAGCCAUGUUGGCUCCGAAUCCGAUCUCUCUUCUUUGUGCUCUCCUCCUCUGUUUGCCCCUCGCCGUCAUCUUCACCACCACCACCGUCCCCGUCGCCGAUAAUCCACCGCCGCCGCAGCCUUUUCGAUUUCCACCGUCACCUAGAAUAAACAAAACUCACAUAUACAAAAACACCCUCAACAAAACACGCAUAAACUUUCACAACACAACAAAAACAAGUCAUGUCCACAAGUUGAAUAAAACAGAGAGGUAUGUGAAACGUGAAGAGAAUAUUACUGUGUGGGAUGAGGAGGAUGAAUCACUGAGUCAACUCGCGGCGCGAGUUAACCCGGGGACUCCACUAGGUAGGCCGAAAAAGAUUGCGUUUAUGUUCCUUACUAAUGCGCCACUCCCACUUGCGCCACUCUGGGAACUUUAUUUUAGCGGAGUACCGAAAAAUUUGUACAAUAUUUAUGUACAUGCGGACCCGAGUUCGCGAUAUGACUCGCCUUUUAAAGGCGUGUUUGCGAACCGAGUCAUCCGGUCUAAGCCCACGCGCCGGUUAACUCCGACGCUCUCCGCGGCGGCGCGAAGGCUGAUAUCUCACGCGCUGCUCAAUGACACGGGGAAUUACAUGUUUGCGCUGCUAUCCCCUUCGUGUAUUCCUCUUCACUCGUUUAACUUCACGUACAGGACGCUGACGAGGUCGCGCCGCAGCUUCAUCGAGAUUCUGGACCACGAGCGCGGCGCGUUCGUGAGAUGGGCGGCGCGUGGGAACACCACGAUGCUCCCCGAGGUGCCGUACUCGCGCUUCCGAAUUGGGUCCCAGUUCUUUAUACUGACACGUCAGCAUGCGAGGAUAAUAGCAAAUGACACUAGGAUAUGGUCAAAGUUCAAGUUACCAUGCAACAGCAAGGUUCCUUACAAGUACACGUGUUACCCGGAGGAGCAUUACUUUCCUACACUCAUGUCCAUGGUGGACCCGCGAGGGUGCGUGCCCGCCACGCUCACGCACGUCGACUGGAGGGGCAGUCUCGGCGGUCACCCACGCACGUACACACUGUCUGAUGUGGGGCCGGAACUGAUCUGGACCUUUAGAAAUGCGACGCCUAGAUACGGGGAUGACGGGAUGAACGGCUCAGAUGCGUCUGUGAGGAGACGGGGUCACCCGUUCUUGUUCGCUAGAAAAUUUGCACCGGAAACUUUGACGGGGCUUUUAGAAAUAGCAAACGACGUCGUUUUGAAGGACUGAGAGAUGAAUAUGGAGUGGCAGCUUGUAUAUUUGUUACUGGUUUAAGGUAAGUUGUAUGUUGCCUUUGAAAGGCGGGACAAAACCCGUGUUUUUUUUUUUUUGUUUUUUUUGAUAGUUGAAAUCUAAAUAUAUUGUACCAGAUUAAUUAUUGAUACUCAGACGUUUCGAAGUUUUAACUGCCGA